AUGAGGAGCGAAGCGCAAUCCGUGGGGAAGGAUAAUAGGCAGAUUAUACUUAUAGACCAGGAGGAGGAAGAUCGCCGGGAAGGGUCAACUGAAACAAGUCCUCUUGUCGGCGCGGGCGCCAGGAGUAAUGGGACAAAUGACAGUAGUAAUAGGAUGAGAGGGGAAAGCUGGAGAGGACACCAAGAAUUCAUAGACCUCCCAUGGUGGCGGAGACCAUCGAUUUACUGGCUUCUCGGUCCAUAUUUUCUUUUCUCUCUUGCAUUCGGAGGCGUCAUUGUGCCCAAGGUGAACUUAAUUGUUGAUUUGGUAUGUCGCAGUUAUUUCGCCGAGCGUCACCUAAUCGAUCCCAACUUUUCAUAUCCCCCAUUGGUCUUGGGUGGCGACAAUCGGCAAUGUAAGGACCCUCGGGUUCAGAAGAACGUCGCUACUUUUACGCUCGUGAUAAGCGCUCUCACUGGUGCGCUCAGUGCCCUCACGGCACCCAAGUUGGGUUCGUUAUCCGAUCGAUAUGGCCGAAAACGACUCAUGGUGAUGGCCUCAUGCGGUGGUCUAGUGAAUGAGGUCGUCACUAUCUUGGCUGCGAAGUUCCCUGACACUGUGGAUUAUCGUUGGUUGAUCCUGGGCGCUUUCUUUGAUGGAAUCGCGGGCUCUUUUACUGCGGGCAGCGUCUUGGCUCACUCCUAUACCAGCGAUACCGCUCCCCCAUCCAGACGUGGAGUGCAUAUCGGCUAUCUGCAUGCUUGUCUAUUUACUGGAAUUGCAUUUGGACCUCUCCUCGCAGGUUAUUUCGUUACAUGGACUGGAUCAUUGGUUUCGAUAUUUUACGUCGUCCUCGGCUGCCAUACCUUGGUUAUUCUAUAUUUCUGGUUCAUUCUCCCCGAGUCGAUCUCAAAGAAACGUCAAAUGGCCGCGCGCGAGAAACAUCGGGCUGAACGAGAAGCUACGGUGAUACAGCUAAGAUCAGGACUUCCAAGUUCGGUCAAGACCUUUGUUGGGCCACGUGUUACCUCAUUUUUCGAUGAUUAUACUGCGACAUGGCUGCCAGCGCUCCUGAGCGCCAAUCCACUGGCGCCCCUGAGAAUACUCGUUCCGAGUGGACGCAAUAACGGUCCCCUACGGCGAAAUCUGAUUCUUCUUGCUCUCAUCGACACGAUCAUCCUAUCUACAGCAAUGGGGGCCGGGACAGUCAUUGUGUUAUAUUCUGAGUACAUAUUUGACUGGGGGACUUUGGAGGCUUCACGAUUCGUGUCCAUCGUAAGCAUGGUUCGCGUCGUAAUCCUACUUUUUAUCCUUCCGGUAAUCAACUAUGUAUUCCGUGUAUUACCACUACGACGCCGGCAACGCGAAGGCGCCGAUACCAGCAUGGAUGAGACAAACUCGGGUGCUGAUAACCUGGACUUGUGGCUCAUACGAGUAGCUCUUCUCAGCGACGGGUUAGGUACUGCCGGCUAUAUAUUCGUCCGCCGAGAGGAGCUCUUUAUACUGUGUGGUCUAGCGACAGCCUUUGGCGGUCUUGCAAGUGCCACUAUUCAAAGCGCAACCACGAAACAUGUCCCCGCCGAGCAGGUAGGAUCUUUACUAGGGGCCAUUGGAUUACUCCACGCCCUUGGUAGAGUUUUUGCCCCUGCGCUCUUCAACGGAAUAUACGCCGGCACAGUAGAGACCUUCCCGCAAGCAUUUUUUGUCCUCCUUGCUUCCCUAUUCGGGCUCGCCACGGUCGGAAGUUUCUUCGUGAGACCUCAUAUACACUUGAAGGAGGAUGGCUAUGUCGCAGUACCAGUUCGCAUCCCUGGCGAUCCUCAAAAUCCCGAUAUCAUGAUCGACGAAGAAGUCCAAAGCGAGACCCUACCACGGAUAUAAACGAUGCGUACUUAUCCAAGCACCCAUACAAAGUAGGCAGUUCAUAUAUUACAUAAGGCCCUGGCUAUCUGUAUUUAGGUUUUGUGCCUCAUUACGUCUCGCGACCUUUCGCGGGUUUUGUCAUAUUUCCUAAGUACCUAUAUAAGACGGUUUAAACACCUACCU